UCUACACCAAAAAUGAUCACCAGAUUACCAAGUUCAAAAAUGAAAUAAACUAAUGAAUGCGAUAGUUUCUAGAGAUUCUGAUUUGUUAUCUACCACAAACCAUAUACGGAAUACAAACAAUCAGCAUGGGAAUUAUUCAGAGAAGAUAACAGUUCAGGGGGCGGUCGAUUGAUAGACAUAUCAUAUUUCGAUUAGUAGCGAGUUGACUGGUUUGUACAAGACUUCGGAGAAGAUAUCUCCAGCAAAGACAGCAUGUGGAGGAGCGUAGUUUUAUUUUUAACAGCGAUUUGCAGUUCAACCCAGGCUGCGAAUAUUCUGUACAUCGAUGGAGUGCCAUCGCCAAGUCAUUUCAUUUGGCAUAAAGCAUUGAUUAAUGGAUUGGCUGCCAAAGGACAUAAUGUUACGGCAUUAAGUGUCGACGUUGAGGAUAGCUCCUUACCAAAUUUAUCAUACAUCAAAUUGGAAGGUGUUUAUGAAGGUCUCAAUGAGCAAAUGGAACUGGGAAGCGAGAUAUUUGAAAAGGGAGAAACGAAUCCAUUUGCAUCUCUGGCCAUGUUCAAUCAAUACGUGAUGCUGAGUUGUGAACUGACACUAAAUUCGAAAGGUCUAAGGCUAUUGUUGGACUACCCAAACGAGUUUAAAUUUGACUUGAUUAUUGGCGAUUUUCUAAAUGGGCCAUGUUUGUCUGCCGUUGCACAACACAAAUUUGGAAGACCUCCAUAUAUUGGAGCGACUGCCGCUAACGUAGUCACGAUGACAAGCAUGUUAUCCGGUGCAUACAUCUAUUCAGGAUCUAUUCCAGACUACGCGUUAGAUGUGCCUCAGAACAUGAGUUACCGUCAGCGAUUUACAAACUUUUUGUAUAGUCACUACGUGGAGCUUUUCAGAACUUACGAGACGUACCCAAAAAUUGACAAAAUAGUGCGCAAAGUAAUUCCUGAUAUUACGUACAUUGGGGAACUUGAUAGAGAUGCUCGCGUUAUUCUGUUGAACUCACACCCUGCGAUUCAGUAUAGAGAAGCGAUGAUGCCAAAUGUUAUCUCGGUAGGUGGAAUGCAGAUUGCUAAGCCCAAAGAGCUACCGGAAGAUCUUCAGAAGAUCGUAGAAACUGCCAAAAAGGGUGCUAUUCUAUUUUCGCUCGGUACCAAUAUCCGUAGCAAUUUACUUGGUGACAAUAGAAUAAUCGAAAUCCUUAACGCUAUGAGUCAAUUCCCAGAGUAUCAAUUUCUUUGGAAGUUUGAAUCCGAUUCCAUGCCAAUUGAAGUGCCCAAGAACGUGUAUAUAAGAAAAUGGAUGCCUCAGAAUGAUUUGCUUGCCCAUCCCAAUCUCAAACUUUUCAUCACUCACAGCGGUCUUCUCAGUAUCCAGGAAGCAAUUUGGAAUGGAGUGCCGAUUAUCGGCUUCCCGGUAUUCGCUGACCAAUUCCAAAACAUAAAUUAUUGCAUCGCACACGGUGUUGGAAAGAGGCUGUCCAUAAAAAAUGUGAAGAGUGGCGAACUGGCCGAUGCUAUUAGGGAAGUGUUGUCGAACGAAAGCUAUCGCGAGAACAUGUCUCUCCUCUCGAAGGUCUUCCGAGAUCAGAAAGAGUCACCGUUGGAGCGUGCCGUCUGGUGGGUGGAGUGGGUUCUUCGUAAUCCAACGUCGCAAGUUCUGCAGUCUAAUGCAGUCUGGUUGGAUUGGUCCGUAAAGUAUUCCUUCGACGUUAUGGUGCCGUUGCUGUUGGCAGGUCUGAUGGCGUUAUUGGCUUCGGUAAAGAUUACAUGCCUGGUGCUGUGUCGGAAAGCAAAGCAGCAAAAGAAAACUAAACGUGAAUAA